AUGCAGUACCAGGACAUAAGAGGAGAUAUGGAUAAGUACUGGCCAGCUCUCAACGCUGGGAUGCAUAAUGAGGACUUCUGGUGGCACGAAUGGACGGGACAUGGUUCCUGUCAAAAGGAGUUCCAACCCCAUGAUUACUAUAAGAAGGCUAUCAAACUAAAGAAUGACAUCAGUCCUCUCAAUAUCCUUCAAGAUGCAAACAUUUUUCCGGGUUCCUCCAAUCCUUACACACAAAAAGCCAUUUUUAAAGCUUUUGAAAAUGUUCUCGGGAUCGGCAAUAAAAUUUGGCUUACAUGCCACAAAAAGAAUGGCCAUUUUCUGCUUAGAGAGGUCGUUGUUGCUCGAAGACUUGAAGGAACUGGUUCACAGUCAUCAUCACAAUAA